GUAGUAUUUGAUAUAUAAGCGCUCAAGUUGACAAUUCUUACUUCUCAUUCCAUUUAAUACGCGUUGGUGUGAAGCUUGCUUCGUUCCUUCACCUCCUCUCUUUCUCUCUCUUCGGUUUCUCUCACUAGAUCCCUCUGCGAAAUCUCUCCUGAGAAGGGAUCAACAGCCAAAAAAAAUGGGGCUGACCUUCACCAAGCUUUUCAGCCGGCUUUUUGCCAAGAAAGAGAUGCGAAUUCUGAUGGUUGGUCUUGAUGCAGCUGGUAAGACAACCAUCCUCUACAAGCUCAAGCUCGGUGAGAUCGUCACCACAAUUCCUACCAUUGGUUUCAACGUGGAGACUGUGGAAUACAAGAACAUCAGCUUCACUGUUUGGGAUGUGGGGGGUCAAGACAAGAUCCGUCCCUUGUGGAGGCACUACUUCCAAAACACGCAGGGUCUCAUAUUUGUGGUGGACAGCAAUGACAGAGAUCGUGUUGUUGAGGCUAGGGAUGAAUUACAUAGGAUGUUGAACGAGGAUGAGCUGCGCGAUGCUGUUCUUCUUGUUUUUGCUAACAAACAAGAUCUUCCAAACGCAAUGAAUGCAGCUGAGAUCACUGAUAAGCUCGGUCUUCAUUCUCUCAGGCAGCGCCACUGGUACAUCCAGAGCACAUGUGCAACUUCAGGAGAGGGAUUGUACGAGGGUCUGGAUUGGCUCUCCAACAACAUUGCCAACAAGGCAUAAUCCCUAUGUGGACAAGCAAUUCUGGAUGCAGGGGUGAAUAUUAUCUAGUUUUUUUUUUCUUUUUCUUUUUUGUCGAGACAAUUGAAUUGUUGUGUGUAUUGUCGUUUGGGCAAUCAAUUAGGAUUUUCUAAUGGUUAUAUUGUAAUAGAAGAAUGGUCGGUUGGAUAUAUGCCAUUGAGCUUUUGUUUGGGAUUUAAAUACAAUGCUGAGUUGUAAUCAAACUAAUUCGACGCUUAAUUUCUUUCUGAAUUGUA